AUGGCCGCCCCCGAAGUCGAAAUGCAAGACGCCAAACCCCAACCCCUCGCUUGCGACCUCGGCCACCUCCUCUGCACCGACCCCAACCCCCUCCCCUCCCUCACCUCCGCCCCUACCCCCGCGGACCGCGAAGCCAUCCUCGCCUCCACCGCCCGCGACUGCGCGCAAACCCUGAUCAACCAACUCCUCACCAACUGCCCCAUCUCGCGUUCCGAGGGUGAAGACCUGCAGAUAACCCUUCCCGCACCGGAAUACCAGCUCCCCCGUGAAAAGCCCGUGCCGAAGGAGAAGGAGAAGACGAAGUGGGAGAAGUUUGCGGCGAAGAAGGGGAUUCAGAAGAAGAGGAAGGAUGGGAAGAAGGUGUUUGAUGAGGGGAAGGGGGAUUGGGUGGCCAAGUAUGGGUAUAAGGGGAAGGACAAUGAAGGAGGGGAUUGGCUGGUUGAGGUGGACGAUAAGCCGGAGAAUGCGGGGGCGAAGGAGAGUGCGAGGGGGAAGGUUGGGAAGAAGGAGGUGAGGAAGCGAGGAUGA